GUUGAGAGAACACACUAUCGCUGAGAAAAUACCGGAAAAUGUUUGUGAUUGCUGAUCUUCCCUCUAAUAAGAUCAUAGUAUGUGACAAAGGGAGAAAGAAAGGUCGAGGCUGUCCAGUAACCCAGUUGACAUUGUACUCAGAGACUGCCAUAAUAAGCUACAGUUACGUCGCACAAGAUCAUUCAUGGAACCUCUAUUGCCUUACACAAUGUGGAAAGCUGUACAAGUGUGAUAGCGAAAUUAUAUUGCCAACUAUGACAAUCAACAACACCAUUGACCAAUCUACUCGCUCUAUUUUCGCUGAUUUAAUUGAUGGAGAAGAGGAAGAAAUAUCACUGCAAUUGGCUUCUGAUACAGUCUACAUUUUAAAGGAUUCUGACAUGAUACUACAACAAAACCAGCAAUGUCACUGUGUCUGUGUAUUUGAAGGAAGUAUUAUAAUUGCGGUAGAAACAGAGGGUAUUGUCACAAUGUUUUUGUAUCAGGAGAUAAAUGGUUUAGUCAAAAAAAAUAACUUUAAAACAAUUGUCUUUGGAAAAAUACGUUAUUCAUCUUUGGAGACCGACUCAUCAUUUGGAAUUGACGAACAGGCGAUUCAAAUGUAUAUUGUGACAACAGAACAUUCAAGGAAACUACCAAACAGUGUCUCCUCAAGUGUGUUAUGCAUUAAUAACACGCUAUUCCAGCAAUUAUUUGGAAGUGAAAUAGCGCUUUUUACGGUGCCCAGUUCUCCUAAUAUGUUUACCAAGUGGACAUGUCUCUUACGUCGCACUUGAUCAAUUUGAAAGAGCUGAAGUAGGAGAUUCAAUAUUGAGCAAUACCCGUACAGCCAAUUCCACUUGUGUGGGGUUUUGUGAGAUGUCAUUUGGUGUUCCCUUUUUGCUUCCUAUUGAAUAUAGUAAUUUAACAACAACUUCUGAACAUGGACAGCAGUCUUCGGACCACUCACCUUGUUUAUUGGUCCUUGAUCGAUCUGGAAGCGCCCUUCUGUUCACACCAGAUGAUACCAGCACUCUGCCCGUGAUGUCAAAGUCUAUGGUUGAUGGGCCGAUCAAAGCUGUUUGUAGUGUGGCGGACAAGGUGUAUGUUUCAACUGGACGCAAUCUUCUGGAAUAUUCGUUUAACAUCAUGAAUGGAGAAGAAAAGGCCAUUGUUCCUGCGCUUAACAUUACUAAAGUCUUGGAGUACAGAAAUGUUAUACACAUCAUCAGGGAAGUAAAAGAGGGAUUUUUUACUGUUUCAGACGCACCACCUGUUUUGCAUCUUUUGAUGUCAAAUUGUGAAAUACAAGAAAUUACAAUCGAAAGCAAAAAUGGCGUGGGGUGUUUAAGAGGUGAAUCAAUAGGAGACUAUAUUAAAGAGAUGGACGAAGAAGCGUUAAAAACAAAGAGAAUCACCAGUCAACGUUUGUUAAUAACUAAUGUUUUACAUCAGUUAAAUGUUUCAGCACAUAUGUUUUCCAUGAAUGAAAACGAUGACAAUGAACUUAACAUGGGUUUUCAUUUAACAAAUGUAAACUGCAAGAACAGCAGCACUGGGAAUGCUGUUACUGUCUCUGUAACGAUAAGAAAUGCUACUUAUGUGACAUUAAAUCGUGAAUGGUUGUUAAGAUUAUCUGUUCUACCGCUUAGCUCAAGCGGGACUGAACAACCAGACUUCGACGUCAGUUCGUAUGUUGUUUCUCUUUCUGGUGGAUGGCGAGCAGAACAAAGUGUCACAGUUGAGAUGACAAUAGACAAAUCAUUUGCGUAUCAAGGCUUUGUGCUUGCAGGAAAACUGUGUUUAGCUUGUGAUAUGUCUGAGGACGAGAUAAGUAGAGGUAAAUUAUCAAGCACGUCGCCAACCUUAAGCGUUCCAGCGUUUAUGGAGGAGAUUAAUGUAUUGCACUUCUUGAUAAACAAGGACCAGUAUGAAGAGUUUCUGAAGACAAGCGAAUGUACUGAACACAGUUUACACAGAAUAAACCUCUACCGAUGUAAAACAGAUUCUAAAUAUCGAGUUUCAAGUGAUACAGAGACAGUUAUGACAGUGCUGUACAAAAAGAACACUGGAAAACUAACAGGUCAAUUAUAUUCACGAAUUGAUGAGCUGUUGCUGAAAGAUGGAAAAGAUGUGCACUUGGUAACAGCUUUUGGAGAUCACAUCGCUUUAUCGCAGACAUCAAAAAGGGAUGAAGACCUUAAAGAAGUAAUUCGAGGCAUACAUGAUGCUGUGAUCGCAGUCAGCAAUGCAUUGGCAAGAUGUAAUCAGGGUCCGCUUAUUCGAGAUGAAAAACAUGUUAGAAAGGUCUUGGAUAUUUUAAAGGACACAAGACAACUUUGUGACAAGGCCCGGCAGUCAAAAACUUUGGAGAUUUUUAAUAAGACAGCUGAAGCUUUUAAACGUUUGCGAAACGUACAUAUUUAAUUUUACGCGAAUAAAUAAACGGCCACAAAUAAAAUGCAUCAUUAAUCACGCGAACAUUUAAAUGGUGUCGUAGUGAAAAGUGUCUGUACUGUUCCAUUUUGUGGAAAACUGUUAAUGAAGGCAUGCUUUAAAAGAUUGGUGAAGAAGAAAAGUCGUACCAUUUUUGUGAAAAUGUUACGUAAAAUACAAUUUGCGUUACGCAUUUGAUAAAUAAAAAUUCUUGUUGCUUGAAAUGAAGAAUAUCAAUUUAUUUGUUUUGGUUCUUUUGAUAAUAUUAAAAAAAAAAUAAAACACACUUAUUUUACACUC